CCCAAAUACACCGAAGCGUGUCAACAUUUCGUAUCAAAAAUAGGCCUCAACCCUUACCCUUAUAUACCAAGCAUCAAUUCAGAUCAUCCCUCUCGCAAACCCUAGCCGCGCCUUGCAGAUUAGUGUUCUCAGCAGCAAUCAACAAUGGCGGAAGUGGAGGUUGAUGUCGCAGCUGCCGGAGUGCCCAAGAAGAGGACGUUCAAGAAGUUCAGUUUCAGGGGAGUUGAUCUCGACGCUCUCCUUGACAUGUCUACCGAUGAGCUUGUCAAGCUCUUCACUGCUCGUGCUCGCAGAAGGUUUCAGAGAGGUUUGAAGAGGAAGCCGAUGGCUUUGAUCAAGAAGCUUCGCAAGGCUAAACGGGAGGCGCCAGCUGGUGAGAAGCCUGAGUUGGUGAAGACUCACCUGAGGAACAUGAUCAUUGUUCCAGAGAUGAUCGGAAGCGUUGUCGGAGUUUACAACGGGAAGACAUUCAAUCAGAUUGAAAUUAAGCCGGAGAUGAUUGGUCAUUACCUUGCUGAGUUUUCAAUUUCAUACAAGCCAGUUAAGCAUGGAAGACCCGGUAUUGGUGCUACACACUCUUCCAGACCUUUUAAACCAAAUGUUGCAUCUAGAAUCAUCAUCAUCAUCUACUUUUUGAAUGAAUUUGAGGCCUAUAUAGAUUGUGCUAUGACAAUGCCUUCUGUUGCAUAG